UUUAACAGAAACAGAUAUUUUCAGUUUGUCCUCUGGAAUGAAGGGAAAAGUCAUAAAACAUAUUCACAGAGCUGCAUUCCCUAAAAACUGAAAUGUUCUGCCGCAGAUCAUCAUAACUACAUUAAAGUCACGGCUGAAAAUGACCUUUAAAAGUAGAUAUUAAAACAGCGGGCGUUUAGUUGACAGAGGAUUUCCUCUGUGUAACGGCGCCCAACAAGGGGAAGAGCGCUGGGAUUUCACAAUAACGGGUCUUUACGGACAGCGAAUGCGCCGCACGGUCGCGACGCGUGGACGAGCGUCACGAUAGGCCACGGCAGCCGUGUGAGAAGUUGGAUGUGAGUCACGGCAGUCUCCAAAUGAGGGUGACGGCGUGACGAGUCGGCAAAACACGGUCGGUGCGGGAAAAUGGGCAUUCUCCUGCCUGCGCUGUGCGUCCUGUGCGUCGCGCGGGUCCACGGCGUGUUCGAACGGACUUGUGUCAGAAAAGUCAACUGCAACCAGUGCUCACAGCAAAAAAAAAAGCAACCGAUGAGGCUUUGCUUUUCUGCACAGAGCCUCCCGCUGGUGUGCUGGUGUUGCUACCGGGCAGUAAACUGGUUCUGACCUGCGGGGGUCACGUCAUGGUGAAUGGACUGACCGUCGCCGUCGCCGGCAACAGCUCCGCUCCGCCUGCAGCUGCUGGGAGCAGUGACACCAAGCAGCCCGUGGGCCGCGCUGCACACCGGCCCCAGCCACGCGCAGGCGUGACCGCCGUGACAGGAGGAAACAGGCGGCCCAGAUUCUCAGACGCCGGCGCCACCGGAGCCCCGGAGGCUGAACCCGCCCGGACGCACGCGGAGCGGAGCAGCGAGGGCGAUUACGACGAGGAGGACGACGAAGAGGAGGGUGGGAACAGGGUGACGAGAGGAAUAAACCCGGGCCCCCGGUGGAAGUGGGACGGAAAGGUGGUGGUGACGGGGGCGAGGGGGGGGCGCGUUGAGAGCAGAGGGGCUCUGCUGUCGCUGGCCUCGGCCACGCCGGGGGACUCCGGCUCCUACACCUGCCAUCACAGGGGCAAAGAGAGGUUCUCCUUAAAGCUCGUGGUUGCAGAUCCUCCCGAGACGCCAAUGCUGCUCUGCUACAAGAAAUCGGCCAGUGGCAAGCUCCGCUGCGAGUCAGAGGCCCAGAACCCGACCGCCAAGGCCUUCAGCUCCUACCUCGUCGUAAAUAAAAGCCCGUCGGACACGUUCCAGCGGUUUCCGUGCUCGUACUCCUCCAGGCUUUCCCGCUACUGGUGUGCCCUGGAGCACAACAACAAGGAGCUGCGGACGCACCACGCGGUCUACCUGUGUGUGACGGGCAUCGCCGGCAACGCCACCAGCAACCUGCUGUCCUUCAUCCCUAUGCAAAUACUGAAGCCGGACCCGCCGUCGUCAGUGAACGUCUCGCAGGUGGAGAGACGGCAGACGUUCGUGAGGGUGACCUGGUCCCCGCCCUCCUCCUGGAAGUCCCACGACAACUACUACAAGCUCAUGUACGAGGUCAAAUACAGGCCUCGCCAGUCCUCCUCCCUUUACGAGCAGAAAGUGUCCAGCUGGACCACGAGGGCAGAAAUCACGGACGUGAUGCCUGGCGUCCAGUACCAGGUGCAGGUCCGGGCCAAGGACGAGUACGACGGGAAGUGGAGCGACUGGAGCGAGCCGGUCUGCGCCAGCAGCUGGACAGACCCAACGGUGUAUAGCACACUGCCGACACCAAUCAUGGAGGAAGGAUCUGCAUUCACGACUGAAGGCCCCAUGACCCCAGAACCAGCCGUGGAGAAGGUCUCCUAUCACAUUCUGUGGAUCUCUGGAUCUCUGUGUCUUCUCCUCUCAGUCAUUUUGGUUGUCUACGUAUUCAGACACAAGGACAGGUUUAUGCCUAAACUCCACCAUCUGAGCAUUAUCAGCCAGCGCGAUGACCCGUCCCAGCCUCCAGCUCGUGGUCCGGCCGCCCCUGAAGCGCAGGGUCUGGUGACCUUUGCCCCUCGCUGUUACAAGGAGCACCAGCAGCGCAACGCAGAAGAAGCAGAGGGGGAAAAUGAGGAAGAGCAGCAUGUGGAGGACCGGAUGGAGACCGUGCACUUCAACAACAAAAGUUAUUUCCUGCUCUAGAAAAAGUCAAACAUGUGGUCACAGCGUGUGGUCCUGUGUUUUAGACCAGGAGCUGUAACGUUGAACACAGAGGCGGAUUUUGGAAGUCUUGCUACGCAGCUCUUUGUUCAGAGGGGGAUCCUGACAACAGGAUGGACCUGAUUCCUUUUUACAUCAUCUAUCGGCUACUGUCAGAAGCAAACGCAGGAGCGACUUGUAUAUAAUGUUAAUUUCUGCUACCUAAAACACAUUAGUAUUAUGUUUUAUAUUAUAUAGUUAUAGUUUGUAUUAUAGUUUUCUUAAAAGCAGCAAACAAUUCUGUUAUAUGCUUGCACCACUUUUAAAUCUGUUUAUAAAGUUAAAAAAGAUACAUUUACAAAGAUGUACAUUUAUUUACUAUGUCUGUGUUUAGAAUGACAGUAAGGUUAAGGUUGACAAAUAUAUUAAAUCCGAUUUUAAUAUGUUUUGAAAAGGAAGUGGCAUUAUCAGUCGAAACCUUCUGUCAGUGGUUAAAAAGACAAGCCUCAUUUAAAGCCUUUGGAAGGAGACGUCUCUACACUCAGCUAUUCUUAAGGCUUUGAUGAAAGCUAAAAAUCUAUUAGCACCUUAUUAACACCGAUGAGAACCACAGAAGAGCCCAGACCUCAAAGCAUGUCUACAUGUUAUGGAAAAUGUCAUUGUACAUUUAUUGUUUUACAUUGUUUGUUUUCAACAUUUUUGUCAGAAAUAGAAAUUAUUAUAGUAGAAGAAGCUCUAGAAAAAAAACAUGCACACGGAAAAGAGGGACGUGUUAAUUGAUGGGCAGCGUAUUUUUGCCUUGGCAAAAAUAAAAUAUUCAAAUAAAUAUUUUCAGCCGAGUCAGGAGUCAAGGAGUUGUGUCCAGAAUAAUCAGAGAAAAUGUUCCCACGGAUGUUGUCAUUGAGUAACCUGCACCAAUGAAUAACAGCAAUCAGCUAAUAAACCUCAUUACUAGA